AUGUGGCCCUCCCACCUCUCCCGCAUCCCUCCCUUGUCGUCAGCCGCGGAGCGUAUCGCGCAAGCUCGUGAGACGAUCCUGCUCGCGCAGCAAUGCAACGUCUCCGAACUGCUCAAGUGCGCAUACUACGAGCUCCUCCGCGCGCCCGAAGGCACGUUCGGCCAGGACCUUUCCGCGUACGUCCACGCUGAGUCCCAGUCCGUGCCUGCAUCGAUUAAGCCCGAGACGGACGAGGACGAGGAGAACGCGCCCCCACCGCGACUUGCCGCGUCUGACUUCGUGAGGCUGAUAGCCGCGAAGGACGCGUUGUAG